CAGCAGGGCGCUUCUCUGACGCACUUCCUGUGCGCCGGGGCAGAAGCCCGUCGUGGUUCCUGCUGGUGAGCCGGGAGUCGGGAAGAUGGUGGUCACCAGAUCGGCGCGGAAGCUCGUGGUGAGCCAAGCCUCGACAGCUGCAAGUACCCAGAAGACGGAUUCUACCGCUGGGGGGAGUCGAGCACAUCCAGAAAACAAGCAGAAAUCUGAAUCCGAUGACCCGAACGAAAGCCCAAUACCUAGAAAUCCUAAAUCCAGAAAGAGGAAGAAUGGGCCGACAGCUGCACUGCCAGAAGUAACUAAACCAUCUGAUGACGAAACCUCUGAUACAGAGUCCAAUUAUUCAGUAUCUGAGACCCAGGAGCCCAUCUUAAGAAUAACUAGGAGGAGGCAGAUUGUAAUUGCCCCCACCCCCGUGUCAACUAGGAAGAGGCCGAAAGUAACCACCGCGAGUGAAUCCCAGGCUGAAGAAGUUGUCUCGGAAGCAGAAUCCCAUACUUCAGGCGUCACAAGAGUCGUGCCUUCUGCAGAGCCAGCCACAAGGGCCCAGAGGAGCAAGGCUAAAUCUGGGGCAGAUGCGAAGCAGGAGUCCGACGCCGAGUCGUGCUCAGGCACUUUAUUCUGUGAACUUACACCCAGGAGAUCCAGCAGUAGGCAGCCGCGGAGAUCGCAGACACAGGCCAGAAGGAAGGAUGCUCACAUUGGAUCAAGAAAUGAAAAGCCCGUCAUUGAUGUGCCCGAGAACGCAGAGGAUGUGGAUGCGAAACGAACUUCUCCUGUACAACCAAGCUCUCUUUCUCAGGUAAACAAGUCCGGUUUACCCAGUAAUGAAAUUUAUAAUGACGUGGAUGAUGAUUCCUUUCACAUAAAUUCAAACAAAAUACUGACUACACAAAAUCAACAUUUUAAUGAAAAAGAGGAAGAACAGGCCAGUAUUGUGUCUCCUAAAGAAAUAAAGCAGAAUUUUAAGAGUUUGGAUGAAGGAAACAACGAGAUGGUAAGUGAGGGAAAAGACACUAAUGAGAACGCCUCUCAGCUGCAUCUCUCUGAACUUCAGGACGCCAGCCCCCAGGGGUUAGGGGCAUCUCAGCAGCAUUCAGCUGCUCAUCACCAUGCCCACGCAGAGCCCUCAAGUCUGAAUGGUGAGGCUGUGGCGAAGUCCUUAGCUCAGAGUUUUGCAGUUGUGGAAGUGGACAGAUGGAAUGAGGAGAAGAGGAGCACCAUAAAAACAAGUGACUUGACGGAGCUUGGUCCCAGUGGUGAAAGCGAUGAUGAGGAGUCCAUGAUUAUGGGUGUCAACGAGGAUAGGAACGGCGAAGGGCACGCAAAUCGCAAAUGUGAUAGCACACCGAGGUCUACACUCAGCACAUCCGGGGAAGCAGAGGACGCCGUGUUGUUAGUUCUCAGCAGCGACGAAAGCCAAGAGUCUGUAAACAGUGACGAUGAAGAGGACACUGUGUACCAUGUUGAAAGGAGUGGGCAGAAGGAGGCUCUAAGUGGCAAGUCCUGUGAUGAUGCAUUAUUUGUGAUUGACACCACUCCUGGAUUGAGUGCUGAUAAACAAUUUUACUUAGAAGAGGAAGACAAGGAAAAAGAGGUUGCCACUGAGGAGGAGGAGGAAGAGGACGAAAGUGAAGAAGAACAAUCAGACCAAGAUAAAAGUAAAAAUGCUGAGUUUAGUGAUGAAGACGACUUACUAAGUAACACAAAGUCUAAACUUUUGAAGUUGACAAGCAGCAGUAUAGACCCUGGUUUGAGUAUCAAGCAGCUGGGUGGUCUGUAUAUUAAUUUCAAUGUAAACAAACUACAAUCUAACAAGAAAAUUCUAACUCAGAUCAAGGAGAAAAAGAAAAAUGAGCUUCUGCAGAAAGCCGUCAUUACACCUGAGUUUGAAAAAAAUUACUGUGUCCCACCGUACAGUGAAUCGAAGCGUCAGCUUCAGAAGAGGCGCAGGAAAGAGCGGCAGAAAACUGCAGGUGAUGGCUGGUUUGGUAUGAAAGCUCCAGAAUUGACAGAUGAACUGAAAAAUGAUCUCAAAGCACUGAAGAUGAGAGCAAGCAUGGACCCAAAAAGAUUUUACAAGAAAAAUGAUAGAGAUGGCUUUCCCAAGUACUUCCAGGUUGGAACCAUUGUUGACAAUCCGGCCGAUUUCUACCAUUCACGAAUUCCUAAGAAGCAAAGGAAAAAGACUAUUGUGGAAGAACUGCUGGCUGAUUCUGAGUUCAGAAGGUAUAACCGAAGGAAGUACUCGGAGAUUAUGGCUGAAAAAGCAGCAAAUGCAGCAGGAAAAAAGUUCCGAAAGAAGAAGAAAUUUCGCAAUUAAGACUUGCUAUGCAAGCCAAAGCAUUUUGUACUCUCUUUAUUUUACUGAAGAUGUUUUGAAAACCAUUACCAUAACCAUAGAUUAUGUAGGAUAAUCCUUAUGAAGGGAUUUCUUUUUGGGAGAAGUUAAUUUGAAAUAAUCCUUGUGCCUCUUGGAAUAAAAAUAGAGGCAUUUACAAGGGACCAAAAAAGGAAAAAGCUUAUCCGUUUUGAGAAAAGUUACGUUUUUGUAAAGUUUCCAGUGUUUGGUUAUUUAAAAAUUUAUUUAUUUGUUUGAAAGGCAGAGUUACAAAAAGAGAGA